AUGAGUCGAGUCAAUUGUGGAUCGAAUUCAAGCUCUGGAACGACCAGUAUGAGCUCUAGUAGCUUAAGUACCUCACCAUCGGUAAUGGGUUGGACUCUGGGCGUCCAACGUCGUGAUCGGAAGCUCUGGACACUUAUUGCAGAGAAAAUUGAAGCUGAUGUUGCCGUGUUGCAAUUAACACUUGUGGAAGUGGAAGAAAUGCUGAAACAAUUGAUGGCUGUGACGCUACCUAAUCCACGGAUUCGAGCAGAUGAAAUUGCCGCGUUAAUCACGGCAUUAGCACAACUUUUACCAUUGAGUUCAGGACUGCUAUGCUCUGAAUUUACGCGGUUUGUGCAAAAGUGCUGCUGUAGGGAAAGAGUGCUAUUUUCUAGUACACAAUUACGUAUAGUCAUGACAUUCUUGCUGAAGUUUAUCAAGAUAUGUCCUAGUUGGUAUACGGCCAACUCUAUCCGUGCUUUGGGUCAAGUGCUACAUGACAAUGCGGAUCGAGCAAAUAAAGAGUUUGAGCUAUUGUUUGCAGUAUUGCUAAAGCAUUUGGACCCUUCAGGAGUGGACAUUGAAGCUCGAUAUGCGGCUACAAAUUGUGUAUCGAACAUUUGCACACAGGCUGGUAAAACACCUGAGGUGUACCACUACUUUUCGUCGUUAUUGCGUGUGGUGGUGGAAAACUUUCGACAGCAAGCUCUUAGUCUGGUGAAGGGCCAGAACGACCGUAUCCUUGUGAAAGCAUGUACCUCUAGCAUGAAGUGCGUGUUUACGAUUAUCAACUCAAACUUCGACCGCCUGAGGGAUCGUAUCGCGGCAACGCUGCCCAGUCUUCUCGGCUCUAUGCGCCAAGUAAUGGGUUUUGGCCUUGUGCUGAAGAUUGAUCAAAACGACGUGGUGUUCACGUAUCAAGAAGAACUGCACCUUUCUGAUUCCGAUUCGUCUUUAUACGGCUCUGAUGGUAUAAUGGGAUCACGCGAAAUGGGGGACGAUUUGCUCGCUCGGCUGCGCAUUACCGUGCUGUACACACUGGAAGCAAUAGCGGAACACUUUCCCAAAGCCAUUACUUCGUCGAUGGGUCUGUACCUACCGGAGCAAACCACGCCGUAUAUGACGGUAUUUAACAAUACACCGUCGGUCCUCACUCUGCUUAUUGCAGACCCAAGCGAAAAGGUUCGCGUGACGGCUGCUAAGUUUGUGGACGCUUUUUGGGAAAAAAUUCCCCUAAAGAUGUACUUCCGACGCCCAUUUGGGAUCAGCACAACGUCUGCACCUACUGCUUCAUCAUUGUCGUUUGCGAUACCGAAGCGGAUCUCUUUGAUGCUGUAUCAGGUGCAUGUCACCUUGGUGUAUUGUAUUCAGCACGAGAGAGAAUCCGCACCGCUUGCACAGAUACUUAAGAGUACUGCUUCAGUGAUUCAACAUUUUCCUUAUGGAAACGUGGCUGCGGUUCUUGACCAGAUCGAACUCACACCAAGCCUCGGAGAUAUCUUGAAGGCGCUCGCGUCAAGUUUGUACGUAGCAGCAGCGUCAACUGAUCAUGGUGUGCGGAUGGCAAGUUUGUCAUGCAUGUCAACACUUCUCAAUGUUCCAGAGACUCUUCCGUCGAUCCUGGAGUGGAUGGUGAACACAAGCGACACUGACCACGUGAUCCGAGUUGCACACAUAUCGAUCGCCUGCGGUACGUGGUUACUGCGUCACCGUUCAUUUGUUGAGGAGCUUUUGCUGAUGGCAUCCCGACCCGAUGACUCGUCGCGCACGUUACUGCGCUUGGAGGCUAUGUCACUUUUGUCCAAGAUCGCAAAGAACUAUUCACCAGCCCUCAGUGUUAACUGGAGGCAACUUUCGGAAUUUAUGUUGACAGCAUUUCAAGACAUGGACCCGAAUGUACGCCUUCAAGCGGUAAAAAUAUUGGAAAACUACAUUAAGGGCGAGAAUGGAAGCUCUGAUAGUGCACUGCUUGGAAGUGCAAAUACAAAGGGGGCUUGCCGUAUCGACUGUUUGGAGCUGAUGGCGACACAUUUAGUGCGAGCGUUCUAUGAUACCUCACACCAUGUUCGUGCGAGUGUCUGCGCAUGCUUUACGCUGUUAUCUGCUCAAGACUGGGCCUGGCUUGGUGAGAAGAAACGGUCCCGACGCCUUCCAGUAUUAGCAGCUAAAAGCGGCGGCUACAAUGGAUCUGGGCCUCAUGUUUCGUGCCUAGACGGAUACACUCGGAUUAUCUUGCAAACUCCGAAAGACAGCUCUCCAGUUGUGCGCGCAGCGGGAUUCCGUCUCCUAGGGUCGCUGUGCCUUGCUCCGACGUUUAAGACGUGCGGAUUUGCCUGUACUGUGGUGAGCUUAGCUCUGGAGGCUCUUGGCGACUCCACUCUGAAUGUGCGUGUUCGGGCUGCAUGGGCGUUGGGCAACGUUUGUACCACACUUGGCCCCGAGUCGAUUCCAGAGAGUAAUGAGCCAUCACUCCCUCCACCAGCACUGCCAUCAUUGUUUGUAGCCAAAGUGGAAUCGUCGAUGGCAUCCCCACCGUUGCCCCCUCAAGUGCUGUACGAGCUAUUACCGGAGAAGCAGUUGCGCCUUGUAAUUGAGAAGAUGAUGGUGUAUAUCAAUGACAACGACAAGGUAGCGUCGAGUGUGGCUCGUACGUUGGGGUUGGUAUGUCGUUGGAUCAGCUUUACACCCUUCCGGCGCACUUUGACUGUAAAAAGCUGUGCUUGGCUGGAUGACCUGUUGGGGCAAGCAAUGACUGUGCUAGCAAGCAAGAUCAAUGCAGGCUCGCCCAAGGUCAGAUGGAAUGCGUGCCACGCUAUCGCUAAGGUUCUAUUGUGUCCCAGCCUGCCAUUAUCGUCGGUGUCAUGGGCUCCAUCUGUUUUUCAAGCACUAUUGACUGCUGUCGCACAACAGGAGAACUUCAAGGUGCGUAUUAGUGCCGCGACUGCGCUGCGGGUGUCUCAAGCCCGAAGUGCGUUUGGUUCUUUCUUCCAGACGGCGCUUCAAGCCACGAUGGAUGCUCUGGAGACGGCAUCGGACUUGAAGGAUGUGACCGAAUUUCGUUACAAAGAGCAACUGGAGACGCAGCUUUCAUUUACGUUGGUGCACCUAAUUCACAUUGCCACGGAAGAAGAUGACCCGUUGAUAUUAGAGGCGUUUAAAUCCAAGCCUCAUGGGUUUUUAUAUGACUGGUUGCUACACAACCUCCAUCGUAUGGUCGGGGCGAUCGAGCGCGAGAGCGAAGUUGUCGCUGGUCCGGUUGCAGCGGGCGGAGAUGUUACCGAGGAAGGUCGGGCUGGAGGAACAGGUGACGCGCAUGACGUGAACCCCAUCAAGAAAGAAGAGCUGCUAUCUGCAGUGCGCUCGUUGCUGCGUAUUUCAGAAUGUCUUACGACGGACAAGGCCUACGCAACCAGCUGCGUUUCGCUCUUGUACGACACGAAAAUUGGACUCGAGCAUGAUGUACUAUAUUCCAACGAGGAUAUUCCCUUCGAGCUAUGA